CUCGUCUUUGAAACUAGUGACUGAAUGGUACAUCAGUCGAGAUGGAACGCUGGGUAGGCAAGGUGGCUGUGAUAACCGGUGCUAGUGCUGGGAUUGGGGCCUCACUGGCCGAGAAACUGGUUGAGGAAGGCCUUCAGGUUGUGGGCUUGGCUCGUAGAAAAGAGCGCAUUGAAGAACUUGCUCAAAAACUGUCAGGAUUAAAAGGGAAACUGUACGCUUUUGAAGUUGACAUUACUAAUGAAGAUAACAUUGUAAGGGCAUUCAAGGAAAUAGGCGAAACAAUUGGUCCGGUACACGUUUUGGUGAACAAUGCAGGGGUGGCCAAAAAAAAUAGCAUCAUCGAUGGAAACACUGAACUCUGGAAGCAGGUUCUGGACACGAAUGUCUUAGGAUUGACUAUAGCUACUAGGGAAGCUAUAAAAAGCAUGAUGACGAACCAUGUCGAUGGGCACAUCAUCAACGUUAACAGCGUUGCCGGGCAUCGCGUUCCUCCAGUACCCAAUCAAAACGUCUACCCGGCAUCGAAGCAUGCCGUGACAGGCCUCACAGAAACAUUACGAUACGAUCUUCAAAUGAUGAAGAGCAAGAUCAAAACGACCAGCCUCAGUCCUGGUUUUGUCUCGACGGAAAUCAUUGAGGCUGGUGGAUUUUUUGAAGACCCAGCAAUGGUAAAACUGAUUGCUCAAGUUCCAGCCUUGAAACCCAUAGAUGUAACCAAUGCGGUCCUAUACGUCUUGAGUACUCCACCUAACGUACAGAUUACAGAAUUGACUAUCAAACCUAUGGGUGAAAUGAUCUAGAUAAUUAGAUAUUAUUGAUAUUAUCUCUGUAUCCAUUUUGCUUUAAAUAAAGGUGUUUUUAAUAAUAACUAGUGUGUUUUUUAC